UGGCGGGAGUGGACUUGUCUUGUGUUGUAGAAUUGAGUAGAUUAGGUAAAGUAAAAUUUUAGUGUUUAUAUACUUAGCUUAGUUGAAUCUAGUUGUUAAAAUGACUAGAGCUAAAAUAGAACUCGGCGACGUGACGCCGCAUAAUAUAAAGCAGUUGAAAAAAUUGAACACAGUUGUAUUUCCAGUGUCAUAUAAUGAUAAGUUUUACAAAGAUGUUCUGGAGGCUGGUGAACUCGCAAAAUUAGCUUAUUAUAAUGACAUAGUGGUGGGAGCCGUGUGCUGCAGGAUAGACACAUCGGAGAACUCUCGGCGGCUUUACAUUAUGACACUGGGAUGCUUGUAUCCAUAUAGAAGACUUGGUAUUGGUUCAAUGAUGGUUAAGCAUGUGCUCAAUUAUGUGAAACAGGAUGGCAAUUUUGACAGUAUUUUUUUACAUGUACAAGUGAAUAAUGAAGGUGCAAUAGACUUUUACAAGAAAUUCGGCUUUGAAAUUGUUGAAACAAAAGAACGUUACUAUAAGAGAAUAGAACCAGCAGAUGCUCAUGUCUUACAAAAGACCAUAAGACUACCGAGCACACCUUUGGUCAACGGGUCAGUAUCACACACAAAGACAAACGGCUAUGAUGCAGGCUCACAACAAAACAACAUAAUGUUUUAUUUGUAAAUUCUGGACUAUGUCAAAUGAGCAAGUGAUAAUUAUGUUAAAUAACAGUCAUGAUUAGAGCUAAAUGUAAUUAUAGCAGUUAAUAAGUAAUUACUAACUUUAAGUUGAAUCCAUACCCAAUGUUCAGUAAGAUUAAACCAAAAAUUAGGGUGCCAAAUUCUACAUACCAGAAAUUUCUUUGAUAAACAAAUUAAAUGCUACCACCACCUUACAUUUAAUAUUACAUAAUAUUGAGGCCUAAAAGUAAAUUUGUAUAAAUUUUCACUAUAUGUUUAACUAUAUGUUUUAAAAUCUGUUUUUCCUCAUGAGUUUUUGUAUUUACUUCAUUCACAUAAUGUGAUACUUGAAAAAACAAGCAGGCACUAUCCUUGAAGGAAUAUGAAUAUGAUUAAGGGUUGAUUUUUCAAUCAAUAUGAAAUAUCCAUCAAGUAAAUUAGAACUUAUAUCGAAACUGAUUGAAUUGAAAUUAUUUUCUGUACAGAACUGUAGUUGUUAAUUUAUCUUGUAUUUUAUCCUAUGAAUAAUUUUCACCGAAUGGUUAAAAAGUCGCCUGUAAUCCAAAAAUAAGUAACAAAUUUCAUAAUGUAAAGGCAAAAUUUUAUAUUAAGAAAUAGUACUUCUGACUGACCAUAUUCAUCCAAGGCAUUGGUAUCAGUUGUUGAUAAGAAUCGUUUUAUUGGUUUAUGAACUGUAAUCAAAAAAUAUUUACAUUAGACAGUAACAUAUUGUAGUAAAGAAACAACACUUAGAAUCUACUUUUGUAUGGAUUCUUAAUUUUAAUAAAAAUAGUUGGAGAUAGAGAUCACAAAAUAAAGAAAGAAUUGUGCAUGUCAUGCAAAAACGACCCUAAUUAUAAUACAUUUGAAAAAUUUUCUGAAUCUAAAAUCGGAACAAAAAUUUUAUCCACAAAGCAAAAUUAGUUAUAAAGAAUUAAGUAAACAGUGUCAUAAGGCAAAGGUUACUUAUAAUUUUAGAAGUUCAACUACAGCAUAUAAAAAUAUAUGGCAAAAGAGAGAAAAAAAAUCAUUCACCAUUCUUUUUUUUUUAAAUGAUAAGGUUUAUCAAUAUAUGAAAAUAUUACAUUUCCUAAAACAUUGUGGUUUUCUGUAUCUCUAAUAUGGCAAGUGAUACACAUUUCACUACCACAGAAAUUUAUUUCCUUUGGGGUGAUAUGGUCAGCAUGAUCAUUUGACAAAAUAAAUUUUAGUUUUAAAACAAAUAACAAUCUGGUAUCAUAUAAUUUUUAUUUGAACCUACGUUUUAAGCAUUCAUCAUCUGAUUUAUACAUUCUAUAAAUAAAAAAAAUCAUAAUAUAUAAUCUAAUAGCUGUAGUUCUAGUAACAUUUUCAUAAAACAUAAAAGUAGUGUCCAUUUUUCUUCACAUAAUAAAUUUGUAGUAUUUACUUGUAAGAUAAUAAUAAUAUAUUUACAUUAAGCUCGAUUUCCAAAACGAACGUUUGUACGCCUCGCAAUGAAUUGAACAUUAAAGUAAUGAACGUGAAAAAUAUGACUUUUAAACAGUUACUACAGGAUUUUGUUUGCUUGUUUUGUGUAAAUUAUGUUGAAAAUAUAACGUAUUUUUUAUUGUUACGGUUAUUAACUACACGCGCAUUUGAACAAUGUAUUUGAUUUAAUUUGCGUGCGUAGCUCCAGAAAAUGUAAAGGGGGUACUAGAUGGUUCAUCUAAAGAACAUUUCUAGUAAGACAACAAGUGAUGAUGUAUAAUAAAAUAUUCAUGAGCAAGGUAAAAUUGAUAAUUUGGGAUAAUCAUUAAUACGCGUGUGUUAAUAAUUCCAUAAAGAUUCAGGCGCGGAUGGAGCAUCUUUGAUUGCAGGUAAAUCUAUUGAAAGGUCAGGAAAUGUUAAUGAUUUAAUUGUUCUUGUUCGCUCGUCACAAUGUAACUUAAAUUUGCCAAUUGCAAGAAGUUAAUUGCAACAAUGCUUAGUUUUUCAUCUCUGCAGUAAAAUUUGGUAUUGAUGUGAAAUUUUAAUGGAAAUUUUCAAGUCUACAGAAUAGUGUCUUAGGAUUGUAAUGGUGCAGUUCUGCUAUGAAACGACAGGAUCAAGCGGUCUAGGCGUUUAAUUUCCGAUGGAUAUUAUUAUGAUAAGAUCAUGAAAAUAACAGGGGUUGCAUAUACAUACAUACGCCAAAUAGCGAAUCCUGUCUUCGUAUUGAAUAUCUGGCGUAACGAAAAAAGUUUUAAUACCAAUAUUCAUGAUUUUUCCUUAAAAACUGACGAAUUUCCGAAAUAUACUUUCAACCCCUAAUUUAUCCGCAUAGGUAUACAAUUUUGGAAAAUCAGUAUCAGACGAAUGAAAUUUCUCGCUUUCUUCUCUCAAAAUAACGAAGUUUCAAUUAUGCUAUCGGAUGCGUAUUACACAAAUUGGAUAAUAAUUGCCAGUUUUAAAUAUAUAGGGACAAAAAACUAUGAAAUUAAAAUGUUAAAGAGGGCUUGUUAUCGCUAAUUCUUUAGAUUCAUUCAUAAAAAAUGAAUAUAAUAGGCAGAGAACCGUCUAGUACCUCGCCUGAAGCUAUUCUUAUAUCUGUUACCAAAAUUUGUAAUGUAAACUUUGUAUUAUUACCCAUAACUACAUUUGAAUUCAGACUAGCAGUACAUAACUACUAGAUUAAUAAACAAUUUUAAAUAAACUGUUUUUUGAAAUGUU